AUGUAUGAAUUCGUGCUGACUGUGUACAGACACACUGGGGUCACUCCCUUGUAGGAGGUAAUUAAAGGGUUUGUGGGUGUUCCCAGCACCGCCUGAGAGUGUUUGAGAGAGGUCUCAGGGGAGGCAGUGACAGAAAGAAAGAGACACUGUGGAAGGGAGAGACUGAGGACCAGGACUCACCAGACCCCCAGGUGCUGGACCUGAUUAAAGCAUGCUGCUAUAGAGAGGCCGCCAACUGCUGAAUGAGAGGGGAUUGAACGCACUGCAUUCUAAUGAGAGAAUACUAGAAUACUCCGCCGUUCCAUGGCAGCUGCUGUGUGUACUGUAUGAAGACAGUUUAAGAACAGACAGCCUGGUGACAGUGAGUCCCGACAAAAAUGUCUACGACCCUGAUAUCGAGCAUUACCUCAGGAUAUCAGGUGAGGGUAUUGAGAACAGCUGAGAUCUGUCUGUCCCCAUAGAGUCUCUGAGCUAUGCUGCUGACAGAGCACCCAGGAACCGCAGGCUCAGCAUUACUAGGCGGAACGAAGAGAAACAAAAGGGGGGGGGGGGGGAUUGCAGGGUUCAGCACCUCCAUACAGUGCAAUAAAUUUGGGGUUCCCUUAGGACACAAGAAGCAGGUUUAUGUAUAAAUCAACGUAUAGUGUAAGGGUUGUGUAUCAGAAGAGGCAGAGCAUGCAUACCCCAUUAACUUUUAAGUUAGGAAGAAAUAUACAAUGGAAUGCACAUGUUGCUAUGUACUCUAUGGUACAUACAGUGGGAUAUAGGAGAUACUAUAGUAGCGUUAAUUGCAGGGAAGGUGUACACAAUAAGGGAGAUCAGGUGUGUGAUUGAAAGAGGGCAACUUGCAGUGGUGCAUGGUCUGGAGUGUAAGAAUAUGCAGGCUGCAAGAGAGGGGAACUUGCAUUGUUACACUGCAGGUUCGUAUUGCUGUGGUGCAUAACCGAGCUGGCAUCAGAAACAGAGGGAAACUUUAAUUUGAUUUUAGAAAAUAAGGUACAUGAAUUAUCACACAGAGCCAAUAUGCAUGGUUUCCCAAUACUAAAAUAUAACUGGGAAAAAUGGGAAGAAAAAAUCAAAACAGUUUAUGGUCUUUGAUAUAUUUAUUGUUAAAGUGCAUUGAUGUAAAACAUUUUUCUUUUUGCCAUAUACUUUAUUAUGUUUAUUUCAUUGAUGGAUGGAUACCCCUUCCCAUUUCCAAGUUACCCCUCCUUUCCUACCCCUAAUACAAUGUUUGUAUUAUUAUCAUUUGUUAUAUAAAAAACUUUAAUAAAAAUUAUUUGAAAAGAAACAGAGGGAAACUAGGGAUUGCUGAGGUGGACUGGAACAGGAAGGGCAGUGGGAUUGCGGUGAUGCACUGCUCCAAAGAGGGCGGCGGCAUUGCAGUGGUGCGCUGCCCCCGAGGAGGAGGCGGCGGCAUUGCAGUGGUGCGCUGCCCCCGAGGAGGAGGCGGCGGCAUUGCAGUGGUGCGCUGCCCCCGAGGAGGAGGCGGCAUUGCAGUGGUGCGCUGCCCCCGAGGAGGAGGCGGCGGCGGCAUUGCAGUGGUGUGCUGCCCCCGAGGAGGCGGCGGCGGCAUUGCAGUGGUGUGCUGCCCCCGAGGAGGCGGCGGCGGCAUUGCAGUGGUGCGCUGCCCCCGAGGAGAGGGAGGCAUUGCAGUGGUGCGCUGCCCCCAAGGAGGUGGAGGCAUUGCGGCGCUGCACCCACUGCCCCUGAGAACUUGUGGUUUAUGCAAUUUGAAUGCUACAGGAGAAUGAAGGGGAUAGCUGUAAUGCAGUGCAUAUGUGAAUGCAUUUCACACAGGAUUAAUAUGGCAUAUUAACUAUCUUUGCUGCUGUUGCAGUGAAUUAACUUAUUUAAAUAUUCUAAUCUAGUGUUUAAGGGGAAGGGGUUGGUGACUUGUCUUUAUCACAUUUAUUCAUCUGGUGACGCUGAUUAAAGUUCCUAAAGAAGAGGAAACUGCUAGAAGCGUUCUCAUCAACACUUGUUUCUUUUUAUUCAUUUUGUGUGAUGAGCAUAGGCCUGUUAUAUUUGGAAAAUAUCAUUUGUGUUCAAUAUAUAUUUAAUCCCUUCAGCAAUAUGGGAUGUUGGGUGGCAGGGAGAGGGGCACUGCAGGAUUCUGCAGUGACCGGAAAAUGGAGUCCCUUUAAGCGACCAUUCCAUACCACCUUGACUGUCUAGUAUUUGUAGACUUUAUGCCUACUUUUACAGGGACACUAUAGUUACCAGAACAACUAGAAUCAUUCCGUCCAGGCUUUUUGCUGUAAACACUGUCUUUUCAGAGAAAAUGCAGUGUUUACAUUACAGCAUAGGGACACCUCCAAUGGCUGCUAGAGGUGCUUCCUGGGGCAGUGCUGCACAAUGAGCAGCACUGCCAUUCAAUAUCUCCACCCUCUGUAUGCAGACACUAAACUUUCCUCAUAGAGAUGCAUUGGUUCAAUUCAUCUCUAUGAGGAGAUGCUGAUUGGCCAGGACUGUGUUUGAAUUGUGCUGGCUCUGCCCCUGAUCUGCCUCCUUGACAGUCUCAGCCAAUCCUAUAGUGAAGCCAUAUUUAAAGAAACAGUAUAGUGACAUGAAUACAAAUGUCUCUAUAGUGUUAAAAUGCAGUUUAGUCCCCCUUGGCACUCUUUAAAAAGGUAAUAAACUUACCUUUAUUCCAGCACCAUUCGUGUUUCCUGCAGUUGGCUCCACCUCCUUGGCUGAGAUCAUCCAGAUUGACAAUCUCUGCCAAUCCUUUGUUUUCUUAUAGGAAAGCAUUGGGAGGCUAUUGCACAUGCGCAGCAAAACAUUGCGCUGCACCGAUCAGCAUCUCCUCCUACAGAUACAUUGAAUCAAUGCAACUCUGAGCGAACGUUCAGCGCCUCCACGCAGAGCGGGGAGACACUGACCAAGAAGGCACCUCAAGUGGCUGUAUGAGUGACGGUCACUAGAGGUGUUCCUAUGAUGUAAUGUGAAUACUUUCUUUUCUCUGAAAAGGCAGUGUUUACAUUAAAAAGCCUGCAGGGACAGGAUAUACAGUGUCUUGCAAAAGUAUUCACCCCCCUUGGCAUUUUUCCGUGUUUUGUUGCCUCACAGCUUGGAAUUAACAUGGAUUGUUUGAGGAUUUGCAUCAUUUAAUUUACAGAACAUGCCCACAACUUUGAAGAUUUUUUUUUUUUUUUAAAUUGUGAAACAAACAAAUAGGACAAUAUAACAGAAAAAGUCAAUGUGCAUAACUAUUCACCCCCCCUAAACUCAAUACUUUGUAAAGCCAUCUUUUGCAGCAAUCACAGCUCCAAAUCGCUUUGGAUAAGUCUCUAUGAGCUUGCCACAUCUUACCACUGGGAUGUUUGCCCAUUCCUCCUUGCAAAACUGCUCCAGCUCCUUCAAGAUGGAUGGUUUGCACUUGUGAACAUCUUUAAGUCUGACCACAGAUUUUACAUUGGAUUGAGGUCUGGGCUUUGACUAGGCCAGUCCAACAAAUUUACGUGUUUCCCCUUAAACCACUCAAGUGUUGCUUUAGCAGUGUAUUUGGUAUCAUUGUCCUGCUGGAAGGUGAACCUCCGUCCUUGCCUCAAAUCACGCACAGAGUGGUACAAGUUUUGCUCAAGAAUAUCCCUGUAUUUAGCACCAUCCAUCUUUCCCUCAACUCUGACCAGUUUCCCAGUCCCGGCUGCUGAAAAACAUCCCCACAGCAUGAUGCUGCUACCAUCAUGUUGCACUGUGGGGAUGGUGUUCUUUGGGUGAUGUGAUGGGUUCUCUCCAGACAUAGUGCUUUUCUUUGAUGGCUGAAAAGUUCAAUUUUAGUCUCAUCAGAACAGAGCACCUUCCUCCAUACUUUUUGGGAGUCUCCCACAUGCCUUUUCGCAAACUCAAAAUGUGCCAUUUUGUUUUUUGCUGAAAGUAAUGUAUUUCUUCUGGCCACUGUGCAAUAAAGCCCAACUCUAUAGAAACUCCAGUCUCUGUUGUGGAACUCUGCAGCUCCUCCAGGGUUACCUUAGGUCUCUGUGCUGCCUCUCUGAUUAAUGCCCUCCUUGCCCGGUCCGUGAGUUUUGGUGGGCGCCAGUCUCUGGGCAGGCUUGCUGCUGUGCCAUGUUCUUUCCAUUUGGUUAUGAUCGAUUUGAUGGUGCUCCUGGGGAUCAUCAAAGAUUUGGAUACUUUUUUUUUUUUAUUUUUUUAAUAACUUAACCCUGACUUGUACUUCUCAACAACAUUGUCUCUUACUUGUUUGGAGAGUUCCUUGGUCUUCAUGGCAGUGUUUGGUUAGUUGUGCCUCUUGCUUAGGUGUUGCAGCCUCUGGGGCCUUUCAAAAAAGGUGUAAUGACAGAUCAUGUGACACUUAAAUUGCACACAGGUGGACAUCAUUUCACUAAUUAUGUGACAUCUGAAUGUAAUUGGUCGCACCAGAGCAUUUUAUGGGCUUCAUAACAAAGGGGGUGAAUACAUACGCACAUGACAAUUUUCUGUUUUCUAUUUCUAAAAAAUAGUUUUAUGUAUAUAUAUUUUUCUCAUGUCACUUCACCAACUUAGACUAUUGUGUUCUGAUCCAUCACAUAAAAUUCAGAUUAAUAAAACAUUGAACCUAAGGCUGUAAUGUAACAAAAUAGGUAAAAAGUCAAGGGGGUGAAUACUUUUGCAAGGCACUGUAGGCACCAGUUUGGUGACUAUAGUGUCCCUUUAAGGAUACUAAAUAUGGGAGCUAUCUGCUGAACAGCCCGCUGUAUAUUUAAAUAUGGCAAUCCCACAGAAGGGUACCAAUUUUAUUUAGGGAGGUAUGUACUGAACGGUUAAAAGAUCAAAAUGAAGAAAUUACCCUUUUUCUUUUUUCCAUUUGUUUAGUAAAUAACUCCCUCAUUAGCUAUACUUUUCAAAAAAAAUGGAUCCUAAAUUAAUCGAUUUCAUUAUGGAUCCAUUUUCAAUUUCUGCCCAUUUUGAACUUGAGAUGUUUCCGAAUCGGCCAAAAUUCGAUACAAAAUGAAUUGCACAAGUCUAUCUAGGACCAAAUGUUGAAGUCUUGGAAUUGGGGAUAUGGUCCUUUUUGUAAAUUAGUUACCUGUCUGGACAUGGUGGGGCAAUCAACCAUACUAUCCAUUUUCAGAUUCCUUGGUUCCCCUUUGGAGACAUUAUGGCGGGGAAACCAGAAUAUCCACAUUGCUCAAGGAGACUAAAUUCGAUAGAUGGAGAUUAGACUAAUCAACGUGUUUCCCCGGGGGUGCUGCCUCCACCAAUAACCUUUUUUCUGUUGUGCAUAUCCCUAAGGCAUAACCUAACAAGACUCGACACAGCAAUUUGUUUUUCUCUUGGAAUGCUAGUAUACUUAAGUUUGUAAUGUACUGUGGGUGUAUGGAGCAGGGGAUCUGUUAUGGUAUGCAUUUAAAGAAGACUAGCUCUGCUUUCUUCGCAUUCCCCCCUCCCUUCCCAUUAAAUAGGUUGAUACACUGCCUGGGAGUCCACACUCUGAGCAUCUCGGAGGAAAGUUCACGGUUAGAUUGUGUAUGCCAGUUAAUGAAUACAGAGCAGCGUGCACUUUAACCACUGUCACUGGGGCCACAGAAAUAGAAGUCUAUGACCCUGAAUGGAGCGUGAGUCUAUGACCCUGAAUGUUCUGUGUCAACCCUGACAUAGACACAAUAAUACUCCUAUAGAAGCAAUACAAUGUUUUUGUUUUUUUGUGUCCCUCCCCCUCCUCUCGCAAUAUUUUUAGUUUAGGGUUUUUUUUUUCUUCUUGCCUUGAUUUUUCCUAUUCUACCAUGUAUGGCACAUAUAUUCGUAUUUGAUUAUUCAUUAAGCUUCAAACUGUAGUACUUUGGAAGCUGAAUUGCAAAAAACUAAAACGCUGAUAUGGGAAAAAAAAUCUUCAACUUGGAUAUUCUAAUUUUUCCAGUUCAGUUUAUAUAUAUAUAUAUAUAUAUAUAUAUAUAUUAUUAACAACAAUGAGUCUAUAAAACAAUACUAAUAAUAAACCAAAAAACAACAACAUUUUAAUAAGAGAUAAAAUUGAUGGGGGGCAAGUUAAAAAUAAAUUAAACAAUAAAAUAAUAUUUAUAUAUACAAUCAUCCAUAAAAAGUUAAAUAUGUUUAGUCAUUUAAUAUAUCCUAUUUACAAAAUGAAAAAAGUUAUUACAAUAUUAACAUAAUUUAUUUACAUAAUUUGAUCAGAUGGGUUUCAUAUUGUUAAAUUAUAUUUACUUGUGAAACUUUCUCCCCCACCCCCCCAUUCAUUCCUUUCUGAAUAUGUAUGGUAAAUCAAUUCAUGUUUACUAUCUAGAAUGGAAUAUAGAACCUCCUUAUUGUCUGGCAAAUCACUAUUUUUCCCAGUAUCUAGUUAUGGUGGUAAUUGCAGCAAUUAGCAUAUCCUAGCAUUCUGUUUUGAUAAUUUGGUAGGUGAUUUGGAAGUGCCAAAGGUACACGUUUUGAUCAAAAUAAAACGUUAACAAAAUUUUGAAUUUAAACAAAAAGUUACUUAAUAGGUGAACACCAGUUAUAGUGGUGAAUUACCUCUAAAGUUGGAGAAUACCACCAAAUAAAACUACCAUAACCACUUUGUCACUGCAAGAAUAGCCGCCACCCACGGUUAAAGAAAAUACAAGGUAUAGGUGUCUAUUGAAUAGAUCAAUAGUAUUAACAGGACUUAGUGGAAAUGGAACUCAAGGAUAAAGAUGUGAAAAUAUCUUAAUAGAUUGUAGAAUAUAAAUGUAUCAGCUGAUCGGAUCAAUACCUCCCAUGUGAAAGGGUAGAGGAAACCGAAAAUCGCUGAAAAAAUAAUAUAGUAAUGGUUCUAAAACGCCAAUGUAAGAGAACCAAUACAAAGAGAAAUAUAAUAAAAUAAGUCCGAAAAUAAAUUACUCAUACCCCAUAGGGGAUUAAAAAUCCUUAAAGGACCACUAUAGUGCCAGGAAAACAUACUCUUUUUCCUGGCACUAUAGUGCCCUGAGGGUGCCCCAACCCUUAGGGUCCCCCUCCUGCCUGGCUCUGGGGAGAGGAAAGGGGUUAAAACUUACCUUUCUCCAGCGCCGGGCGGGGAGCUCUCCGCCUCCGAUCCUCCUCCCUUUCGCCUGAAUGCGCACGCGCGGCAAGAGCUGCGUGCGCAUUCAGCCGGUCUCAUAGGAAAGCAUUUACAAUGCUUUCCUAUGGACGCUUGCGUGUUCUCACUGUGAUUUUCACAGUGAGAAUCACGCAAGCGCCUCUAGCGGCUGUCAAUGAGACAGCCACUAGAGGCUUUGAGGGCUGGAUUAACCCAUUUAUAAACAUAGCAGUUUCUCUGAAACUGCUAUGUUUAUAAAAAAAAAAAAGUUAACCCUAGCUGGACCUGGCACCCAGACCACUUCAUUAAGCUGAAGUGAUCUGGGUGCCUAGAGUGGUCCUUUAAAAUGGUGUCAAUUAUAUAGUGUUGCAGACAGAGUGCUUAUUACAAAAGAUUUAAUAACACAUUAAUAUAUAUAAAAUAUAUAUAUAUAUAUAUAUAUAUAUAUAUAUAUAUAUAUAUAUAUAUAUAUAUAUAUAUAUAUAUAUAUAUAUAUAUAUAUAUAUAUUAGUACUGACAGUAUUAAUGUGCCAAUUUUUUCACUUGGGACAUUCUGUUCAUUUUUACUUAUGCGUGUGUAUAUACACACACACAAUAGAUUAACCCCUUGCACUCCAACUAAAAUUUUUUUAUUAAAUACCCGGUGCCCAGUAAUCACAAUACAGAAAAAUAAAAAAAAAUACCGGCACUCUAGGUUUUCUUCAUCCGAUUGGAUUUAUGAAUCCAAAGAUGUCAACGUUUCAGCUCCCGGUCGGAGCUUUCAUCAGGACACAUGAAAUGUUGACAUCUUUGGAUUCAUAAAUUAAAUCGGAUGAAGAAAACCUAGAGUGCUGAUAUAUAUAUAAUUUUUAUUUUAUUUUUUUAUUUUUUCUCUCUAUCGAUCUAUCUGUAUGUGUCUAUAUGCAUAAGUAAAAAUUAACAGAAUGUCCCAAGUGAAAAAAGCAAAGAAUACCAGGUAUGUAGACUGAGGGUCCAAUAUUUUUCGUAACUCUCUCUCACCGGCCGGAUAAAUGUGAGUGUGGACCUCCUCGUGCUGUAUCAACACUAGCUAUCAGUCGCGUGCGUUCCACUGCGGCUCUGCAUGCGUUCCAGUCUAUCACAGUGUAGGAUGCUGCCUUACGCGUUUCGUAAUCAUAGGAUCACUUCAUCAGAGGAUGGCAUCCUGAAUUCUUCACUGUUAUAUACUAUUCAGUCUGAUCAUCAUACUCCAUAGUUAACCCUUUGUGUGCUAAUGCAUUCUGACGCAUAUCUAGUCAGGGACUUUAUCUCAUGGAUACGUCUAAAUAGUAUUAACAGUAUAUCAAAAAAUAUUUAAAACUACAUGCAAAUAGAAAAUAAUAUACAAAUUAAAUAUUACCUUAAUGUUAACAUGCUCGCUGUGUUAAGCUUUCUACAUACCCUAUAUAGAAGGUACGGUCACAUAAAGCAACCUUCACAUCAAAAACUGCAUUAUCAUAUGAAAAUGCCUACAUUUAUAAUAAAAGAAAUAGGAAAGGUCUCUGUUAAUAGUGUGCUUUUCACAAGUUUGUAAAUAAACAAAUCCUUACAUCAGAAUUGCACAGAACAAGUUGCUUAAUAGAUCUCCUACGUGAUUUGACAUAUAGAAGCUGCUUUGUUGCAAACACAACCUGUUUGUAGUCUCUCCGAUUGUUAGCAGCCAGGUUGUAAAUUAAACAUUGCUCACCCCAUACUAUUGGGGCUGAGACUCUGCACAUACAUUUGGUAAGAAAGUCUUGGCAUGUGCUAAAACCUUAAUAAAAUAACUCUGUGACACCAUUUCUGUUGGAGUAUAAAGUCCACAGCUUUAUUAAAAAUUUUAAUUCAACAAUUUAACAAUUUAGGGUCCUUGUCACAAGUAUUAAUUAUGUCCGACCUUCUUGCCCAAUACCCCCGACAAUGACCCUACCAAAUAACAUAAUAAAACAUUCCAAUAAUACAUAACGUUUAACUCAUGGCCUACCAAAGAGGCCCCAUAACCAUAUGUUUAACUGUAGGGGUGUACCCAGACACCCCUACACCCCCAGAUUCGUAGCCACCAACGAGCUAGAACCUACAAACCAUUUUCCACUCCGGCAUAGUCCAGCCUAGACCUUGGCCUGCCCACUUCCUAUUCCACCUAAAUCCUCUUUAACCCAGGCCCUAUUCCGCCACAGCACAUGACUUGACCCCCUCAAGAACAUGAGCGACCCCCACCACACAAAAACAGGGCCUGUGCAAUACCAUCCUGAAAACCCAAAUUAAGUAAAUCCGAUCCCACGUCGGAUAGAUGAACCCCAUCCUUCCUAAAAUACCCGGGCAGCAUACAUUCCAACUCCUUGUGACGCACAACUACGCCACCCAUCCGCCUCACGAAAACCGCCAUGGUCUUAUUGACCUUACCCCUACUUCGCGCUAUCGCAGCCGAAUCCCUGGCGUGUCUCCAAUUAAAGCGAGGCACCAUUUCGGACCAGACCACUACCACGCCAGGAACCAGCUUACGUAGCCGAUCCAGAUCCCUCUUCAUCCUCCUCAACAGUUCCCGCUGCGGGAUCAAGCCUAAAUCGUUCCCCCCACCAUGAACCAGAAUUACGUUAGGGACUGACCCCCAUGCCAGCCUAUUGAACAGUUCCUUACUGAUGCUCUGCCAACCGAAACCCCGGAAACCCAACCAAGUGAGAACCACCGCCUCCACCGGGAAGCCCAGUUGUGCUCCGUCUCUUCUCAUCGCGGCCCUCCUCCGCGCCCAAUAAACGUAGGAAUGUCCGAUCAGCCAUACCAAACGACCUAAAAGAAAUAGAACAGUGAACAGCAGAGCCCUUAACAAACCACGCCCCAGUCCCCUUUUACACCAACUUGUCCGGUCUAACGUAUGAGCGGAACCGAAUGGACUCCCAUCUUCUUAUCUGUUUGAUCCGCUCGUCUCCCAGACCUAACCGAGCCGCCUCCGUUGCGGCCCCAAUUCUAAACGAAUGUGUCCCGAAAUGCAUGGGUUCCAGGCCCAGCUUACCCAAUCCUGCACGAAAUAUCCUAACGAACUGAAAACGGGACAAAGCCUUACCGUCCGCAUGGAUGAAGAAACAGCCUUCCUUCUCGGGGCGGACUUCCAAGAAUUCGGCGCCACAAGCCACUGGGCAAACCCUAGACCCUGGCAAUUUGAACAAUGUUACCAAGCUUCCUUUGCCGAAUAUGUCCGUCUUUGAGCGGCACAACUUGACCUGUACCUUAUCUUCACCAAUGGUCACAUCCCCCAACCGAAUCCCACCAACCCCUGCUUUGUUGGUGCUAAGCAGCUCCCCAAUACGGAAUGCCCCGAAGAAUGCCCAGACAAACGCCCCGGAAAACAACACAACUUCAUAUUUGGAAUAACAUAAUGCCGGUAGAACCUCCACUAGUCCUUGCAGCACCGCGAAUGACACUGGCCUCCUCGUAUCCACCGAUUUCUUACCCCUCCGAAAACCUCUUAUGGCUUGCCUGACCAAGAAAUGUUUCGUUAUAUCCUCCCAUCCAUUAAACUUAAAUAGGAAGGCCAACGCCGACAUGUGCCUGUCAACCAUAGCUGGUGAAGCCUUCCUGGCAAAUAGUCGACACAGUACCCAUAACAGUAUAUCUAACCGAUGUUCCUCUGAACAGUCCCCUCCCACUUGUGCCACCGACUCUUCCCAUUCGUGCCAAACCUUCACAUAUGCCGCCCAGGUGCCCGGUGCCAGGGAAUUCUUUAUGAACUCCCCAAGCAUGAUGUCCCGAGCUGCUACAUUUCUGCCGGACAUGCCAAUCCUUCCUCUUGUGCCUCCGGCGCUGCUUCCCGAAAACGUUCCCACUGUGAACGAGAAAGCGCAUCAGCCACUAUAUUCAAGAAACCUGGAACAUGCCUUGCCCUGAACACUAUUGCUAGACAUACAUAAAAGUACCAGGUGCCUUAAUAACCGUAUCACUGCAGGAGAUGAUGCCGACAACCCAUUGAUAGCCUGGACCACUGCCAUGUUAUCUGAGUAAAAUACUACUUUUUUGUUUGCGAGCUGCUUUCCCCAUAACGCCACCGCUACUACCACCGGGAAAAAUUCUAGGAACGCGAGGUUCCUUAUCAGCGAGCUCGUCUUCCACUCCGCCGGCCACUCCUCGGCGCACCAUUGCCCCGCUAAAUAAGCCCCAAACCCCACGCUCCCGGAGGCGUCUGUAAACAAGCCUAUGUCCUUGGAGGAAACUCCCGGCUCCCGAAAAAACACUAUACCGUUAAAUUCCCUUAGAAACCUUUUCCAAACCCCCAGGUCCGCUCUCAUAUCCACCGAAACUUUCACGUAAUGAUUCGGCAACCGCACACCGCUCGUCGCCUGGGCCAGCCGUCGACAAAAAACUCUGCCCAUCGGAAUCACCCUGCAUGCAAAAUUAAGACUCCCCAAUAGCGACUGCAGCCCUCGCAAAGUCACUUUUCUCGCAUGCCACGCUGUGUCCACUAGCUGACAAAGCUUAAGUAGCUUGUCCGCGGGCAGUCUGCAUUCACCUUUUACAGAGUCAAUCUCCAGGCCGAGGAAACUAAGGCAUGAGGUGGGGCCAACCGUCUUAUCCCCUGCCAAAGGAACCCCAAAAGAGUGUGCUAUCCAUUGAAACACCCUCAAUAUCUGGCCACACCGCUCAGAUCCUUCCGGCCCUACACACAAGAAAUCAUCGAGGUAAUGCACGAUUGAUCCCCCAGCCGACUCCCGUCGUACCACCCAUUCCAAAAAGGUGCUAAACUUUUCAAAAUAGGAACACGAGAUGGAACAGCCCAUCGGUAAACACAGGUCUAUGAAGAAACCCCCUUCGAAGAAGCACCCCAAAAGGUGGUGACAACCCGGAUGAAUGGGGAGCAGCCGAAAUGCUGCUUCCACGUCCACCUUUGCCAUCAGUGCACCGUGUCCCGCUCUCCGAACCAACUCGACCGCAUGAUCGAAUGAUGCAUAGGAUACGGAACACAGCGCCGCGUCGAUAUCAUCAUUUACCGAUGACCCCCAUGGGUGCGAUAAGUGAUGUAUCAGGCGAAAUUUCCCUUCCUCCUUUUUAGGGACCACCCCCAGCGGAGACACCCUUAAAUCUUCUAUCGGCGGGGACGGAAACGGCCCCGCCAUCCUCCCCAUCUGGACUUCCUUCAUUAAUUUUUCCCGCACUACCCCCGGGUGGUCCCGGACUGAUUUAAGGUUUGCACACAUGGUUCCCGGACCUUUGACCUUGAAUGGGAUAACAAAACCCUCUGUAAACCCCCGCCAUGAGAACCUCGCCUCUUCCUGAUUACCGUACUGCCUUAACCACGGCAGCAUCGCGCCGACCUUCACCGGCGACAUUCCCAAUCGCCACCGCCGUGGCUGUUGUCCCUGCUGCACCCCCGAAGUUAGAUGUUUCCUUUCUUAAAACACCUGUUGACUCCAUGAUUUCCCCCGCAUCCGGAACAUUCAUGUUUAAAUCUACACGAUGCCCCCCAUUUGCACUGCCCUUCAUUGAACAGCCAACAGAACCCCUUCUUCUGUCAGGCCGGUACAGUGCUUCCCGUGGCCGUACCGGCCGUCCCUUGAAAGGGCGCAUUUUUCUGGGCCAUCAUUAUUCUCAUCCAUAAAGGCAGGUCCAUCUGAUCCCACCUCAUACUCGGAUUCGCUGCCAACCGUUGGCGGAAUUGUUCGUCGUACCGCCACCAUGCUAAUCCCCCAUAAAUCCGGUAAGCGUCCCCUAUCCCGUCCAAAUAACAAAACAGCUGCGAACAUCGUUCUGGGUGCUUUACCCCGACUACGCUCGCCAAAAUACAGAAGGCUCUGAGCCAAUUCCCAAAAGUCUUGGGUAUCUUCCGAUACCGCCGCUUUUUCUCCUCUUCUUCUUUUUUAGCGUCCUUCUUAUCCUCUUCCUUCAAGUCGAGAAAUUCCUCGAGUGGAAGUAAGGAGAAGAUUUCCAUGAAUUCCCCCUUCCCAAUUUUUUCUUUUACCUCCGCUUUCAGGUGACAUCCUAGUGGUCCCGCGAAGGACACAUGCACGUUUUGCCGUGCCACGUCCGCUAUCUCACCACCCCCGACCACCUGUUGGCCAGACCCGACUGCCUUUCCGGUUCCUGACUCACCGUCCCCCAUUUCGACGGCACCCGACUUGUGUGUCACCAUCCUCUCCGCCCCUUGUUCUUUAUCUCCCCCGUCCUCUGGCGACCAUACCCUACCAAACUGCGGGGUUGACCCCUCAUCUCCCGCCCAGGAGUUAAUGAAAGAUUUUAAGCAACCCAAUAAGGACCCAGUGUGUGGUGUACUUCGUGACUCACCGCCAGUGCCCCCGACCGUGGCCGGCCGCAGGGUUGCUGUCCUUCCGUCCGCCAUUUCAGGCUCCGGAGACUCCUGUUGCCGCCGACUCCUUUCCGCCUGGCCUCUCCUCGGGACCGUAGGUGUCACGCUCCUCGACCUGCCGGGAAAAUAUAACCUGGGUAGUCUGUCCACGUGUUGUCCUACCCGCCUUUCCUCCCGGCGUUCCUUCCUCCUGUCACUAUCGCUAUGCUGUCUCGCUGCCUGACCGUCCCGGCCGUAAGACCUCCUCUGCUGGUCCUUUAAACUCCCGCCCGAUGAACUGGAAGCACUGCGCCUACAUCUUAGCCUCCGUUCCCUGGUGCAUGACCUCUGCCUGCUCCGGUGGCUCCUGGACUGGCUCCUGUCCCUGCUCCUCCCCUGCUCUGCUGACCUCCUCUGGGUGCUGCUCCUGUCCCCUUCACUGCGCCGCUCGCUACUCACUCCUCGCCUCCUGGCCCAGCUCCUGUCCUGCUGCGCCUGAGAGCGGCCCAUAGGGGGCUCCCGCUCGCCUCUGACCCCUCUGCAUGUCUCCUUCCUCCUCAGCCCCUGCGGCUCCUCCAUGUCCCUGCAACCUCCUGUCGCUGACCUGCCGUCUCCUCUCCUCUCAUCCCAACAACUUCCUGAGGGCAGGGAUUCACCCCCCCUCGCAAUUCCCGUCUGCCCGGAGACGCUGCUGCCCCUGUCACCGCUACCUGUCCUGGACCUAUUCCCUGUGAGGGUUAAGCCCGUCACUGACCUGCCAUCUGCCUCUCCACCUGUCACCUGAGGGGGCGCUGGCGUCGAGCUGUCCUCAAGCACCCCAUCCUCCUGCCCCUCAGUAUCGCCACUAGGGGCGGACUCACCGGGGCGCUGAAGUUCCGGACCAUCACGGCCCUGCUGCCUGGCUGCCAUCCCAGCUGUACAGGAUCCAGCCGUGUCCUUCUGCCUCCCGCCCGCAGACUUGCGGCGGGGCCUUCUCCCACCGGCGGGCUUCCGACUAGCGCCCGCCCGGCGCACUCCGACUCUUGAGGCCCGUCCUUCCGCCUGGGCCGCCUUUUCCCCACUUUGCGGCGCUGGACUCCUCCUCCUCCUCGCCGCUGGCGGUGCUCCCGGGCUGAGUCGUUGGGGCGGACGUGCCCUCCUGGUCGGCCUCCUCUCCGACACCGCAGUGGGGGGAGCAGACGUGCUCGGGACCCCCAGUUGAUCCUGCAGCCACGCCAUCCCCUUCUCUUCCACCAUUCUUCUCACACCAGCCAAGAUUUCUUCGGCAGAAGCCAUCCCUGCAAGAAAAAGAACAGACCACACAAACCUGACAAGUAUCAAGUAAGUGUGAUUUUGAUUAAAAAGGCCAGCUCACCAAAUUGGCUGUUAUUUAAACCCUUAUUCUCCUCCCCUCCUGUCCAGACAUUACUUUUCCACACCCCUUGACCUUAACUUCACCUGCCAACUCUCUGGCCCUGUCAAGGCCCACUCCCCUCAUGUGUUGCUCCAUGGGCUUCAUUCUGGCAUGAGGGGUUGUGGCUUAUGGUGCAACAUUUUGCAAAACCAUUAAUUUAGUUUAUGCAAAAAAUGCAGCAUACUAAUGAUGCCAAAAUUGAUCAAAUACAUUACAUUUGUAUUGGGCCCAGAUUAUCCCUUUAAUUGUAUGGCUUUCAAACCGUCCAUAAUAGGAUUGCAUAGUGUGAGUAUGCCCUGCUUACACGCUACCUACAGAAACUUGAACAGCCAUAACCUCAUAGUGCAGGCUUGUGAUAUAGUUUCAACAGUAUUUGCUGGAGCAAUAUUAAACCAUAUGAAGGGAGACCAGGAAUUCAGACAGAAACACAGGCAUUUGGAGUGUCCUUGAAGAUGAAAGCCCUCCCCUUCUUACCCUGCACAGACUUUGUGACUGUCCAAUCAGACUUUCCAAUGCAGCUCAAUGAGAAGUCUUUGUAAGGCAGUUGCUCGGAGCAAUUGAUGCCUUUUGAGUUUAACUCCAUCGCGGUAACCAAACCAGGAAGUAACAAGACUGUCCAAGUGACAGCUAGGGACAGGGUUAAUUCAUAAGUUCUAAAUUCUAUUGAAAUUGCACUUAUUUGAAACGUGUGUGUGUGUGUGUGUGUGUGUAUAUAUAUAUAUAUAUAUAUAUAUGUGUGUGUGUGUAUAUAUAAAAACACACACAGAGCAUUUCAGUGCUUUCUAGGUCUGGACUGUGGAAUGUCCCUUUAAUUCUUAACGCAUUUACUAUAACUUAAAAAGCAAACUAAAGUUUUACCACCGGCACACAAACAAGUUAGCUCCCAUAUGUAUGUUUUUAUUUGUUGCUAUUGUUGUGUUUGGUUUUUUGGGCUUAAACCCUCCCCAUACCUCCUAAUUCCAACAGUCCAAGAAUCUGCAUACCAGUGAGAGGGGACUAAAAGGGGUGGUCCAAUGACAUGAUUGUCACUGGUUUUGCCCCAAACGUGGUGCUCCAGCCCUGAAAGUGACAGGUCAGCAUGCACACCAGACAGCCUUCCAAUCAUUUAAGUUAGCCCACUGCUUCAGUGCUUCAUGCCAGGUCCAGAGCGCAGCUAAUGAGCCACUCUCGCUAUGCUUGUGGGAGACAGUUCCCUGGUGUCCCCAAAUGCUGGACACCAGGGAACUAAGUUGGGACUGGACCCGCAAAUUGAGACUCUCAAGGCAAAAUCGAGUCCGUUGGGACACAUGCCAUCCUUUGUUCCUUCUCUUUCAACUAAGAUGAUGAUAAAUAGCUAAGUAAAUCAUUUUAUACACCUUUUUGGAGGAGGCCAAAUAAAUUAAUUGGCAGGAAAACACAUACUUGCAUUUCUAAUUUUAGUGUUCCUUUCAAUCUUCCACAUUUCCUUUUUCACUUACUGUAGUAACCCACUAUUAAUUGACUUCCCUGGUGCAGGUACUGGUGCAUGUAUGUUUAGAGCCCAAGAAAAAGUGAUUUAAAAUGGCUUUUCUGAAUGCAUAGGAAAAAACUAUUAUAGAAGGAAUGUCAUGACUGACAUAUAAAUCCUUGAUUUAGCAAUGUUACCCAGACACAAUGUCCAGUAUGAGUUUGUUAGAAAAUCAACAUAUUCUACUAACAAUAAUAACACAGGUCUGAUAAGAAUGUCUAAUGUUUUUACUGGAAAGUCUACGGAUAUGUCUGUGUUUGCAUGUUUUGAUGCAUAUCCUUUUUGUGCAAUGGCACACACAUGGCAGACCAGGGUGGGGUUGUAAGAUCUGUUUUUCUUUUUAUUGUUCUUAACAUUUCCUCUUUCUCUUGCUUUAAUUUCCCUAGCUGCUUUUUAUGGAAGAAGACAAUGUUAUAGGGUUUGUAUUAAAAGCAGUCUCGUCAUCCUCUUGCUUUCAUUGUUUCAUUGUUUUAAUAUAGAUGAUCUACUGUUAUUUUAGAUUAAAAGGCCUAGGGCCACUCAUGCAGUCUUUGGUACUCUGGGCACCACAACCACUACAUCAUGCUUCAUCAUAACUGGCAAUGUGUUGAAGAACAUGCACAUUGGUAGUUCAAAAUGCUAUCUUUUUUUUUUUUCAUUUUAUUUUUUUUUCAUUUUGUUUCCUUGCCUUUUAUCAUUGGUUGAACCUGCAUGCUGUAUAAAUGCGUGAGAAAGUGAUCAAUGGUGCAGAUGCUAAAUGAGUCACUGCACUUGAAUAUACAUAUCACCUUGCUAAGACAAGGAUUAUUAAAUCUUAUACCAGAAAUGGCUAACCAUUGGGUACCCAAGCUACAGUCCAAAACCACCAGAGUAUCAAAGAUUAGUCAUCACUGUUUUCUGCAAUUUGACGAAUGUAAGCUGCAUGCGAUUUGCUAAAUAUCAUGCACAUUCCGCUAGCAUCUAAGUUCUUCUUUGCUGUGCCCUGCAGAGAGAUGCAGUUGGUGGCUCUGCUGAGAGAGGAUUAGACCCACCUGGUUUUACUGGAUCUCUGGAGAGCUGGACCUGGAGAUCUCCUCUGCAUCCAACCAACAGCAGCAGCAUUGACUCAGGCCACCGGAGCGGACUUGUGCCAGGUAGAAAAUCAUUACAUUUUUUAUUUCUUAAAAAUGUAAAUCUUUGGCAAGAAUCUCACAAAGAAUAAUGCUGAUUUUUUUAUUUUUUUUUUAUUUUUUUUAACACAUUAAGUUAACUGCUAUACCACACCACGACCCUAUAUACGAAAAAAAUCUGACAAUCCGGAUCCUGAACGUUGCCAAACAAGUAGUCCAGAGACACCCCCACUCUCUACUUGGUUCGCUCAAAUGGAGGAAUUCCAGGCAGUGGGCACCAGUGUCCCUAAACAAACGUACUUGGCAAUAUAGUCGCACUGGCUUCUUAAAACCACAAAAACCUUUACAAACUUUACAGACCGGCUCUGCUACAGGCCACAAUAGACUGAUGAAACAAUUAUUUAAAAAAAAAAAAAACACACACACAUUUUCUUUUACUCUCCUCCUCAUAACCUCCUUCCUCAAAUGUAUUCAGACGAACUUGAAAUGUGGAUAUAUGUAACGACCAAGUCCCAAUACUUGUUACUCAUGCGAAACAUACAAAAAAAAACCCACAAAUUGAGUAUAUUCAUCUUGGGACACUGUCAAUUAAUCCACUGGAACCUUCGUUAACCUGUUGGUUCAAAACAGUCCUAGGAUUACACAGACGUUGGUAGGGCUUUUGCUGAGAGAUCCUCUUUAACCAGUCUAGGGUUCCUGUGUCAUUCUUACUGUUGCUUUAAUAUUGGUUUAGUGUUUUAUCCUGUCUUCCAGGUCUGAUUGCAGCCGCAAUCUUUAUUGUGUUUCUGCUCUGCCUGUACACAAUCCUGUGGAGAUGUAUGGUGUCACAAUCAAAAAGGUAGGUUUACCAGUCACGGGGUUCUGAAAGGAUUAGCAAUAAGAAAUGAGAUCACCCUUGUUAUUGGAUGGAAGGAGUAGGGGGGGGUGGAUGAGUGGGCGUAUUGUAAUGUGCUGCAGUAUCUCAGAGACUUUGGUCAGCAGAGUGCCAUUACAUUUGUUUAGCAGGGGCAGCUUUAGGCAUCUACAUUUUGUCAUUGCUUGCACAUCUAUCACUGCUCCCUUGUAGCUCUAUAACUAAUAUUUUGCUCAUGAUUAAUACACCAGUAACCAGGGAGAGUGGAGGAUUUUUAGCUAAACCGUGCACCCGCCACCUAAAAAGCAUCUUCACCGGUGCAUAUCUUAACCCCCCUUUUGAAUUUUUUACCCACUUUUGUGUUAUCGAUCUGUUAUUUUGAAUGUCUUACUCCCUUUUGCGUAUUUUAUUCCCCUUUUGUCUUACUUCCCUCUCCCUUUCUGUGUCGUACACCACACCUUUGUGUCUCUCCUCCCCUCCCCCCAGCCCCUUUGUGUCUUUCUCCUUCCUCUAGUCACUGUGUGUGUCUCUCUCUCUCUCUCUCUCUCUCUCUCUCUCUCUCUCUCUCUCUCUCUCUCUCUCUCCUCCAUCCCAGCUCCUGUCUCUUACUCCACCUCUCCAGCCCUUUUUGCACAUCUUUCUCUCCUUCCCCAGCCACUCUCUCGUUGUCCCCCCCAGUCCUUUUUUGUGUUACUUUGUCCCUAUCUAGCCCUCUCUCCCCUCCUCACGGAGCGCACCUAAAGGCUUCCUGUUAGAACACGUAGAGGAUACAGAAGAUCCUCUACCAGGUUCCGCGCUUCCUCGCUACAAGGAGUGACCGACAGGAGGGGGAGUGCUGUGUACUCCCCUCUUGCCAGUUACCUGGUAAUUGCACUCAGCAAUGUCCUCCUGUGCUGCCUUAGGGUUGUGCAGGCCCUGCCAGGAACAAUGGUUCCUCAACACACUAAAGCAGUGUAAAUGCUUCUUUUGAGUAAAAUAUUCAACUAGAUGAACAGGACAUUUUGGUGACUGGCUUAAGUAGAGGGAACUAUAAGGAGGGUUAAUGAGAUAACAUCUGCUGGAAUGCAGGUGCACAGUAUCUACAAAGUAUCUACUCUAUAAAAAUUGGAAAUUGACUCUUGACACAUACAUACAUAAACACACUGUAUGUACAAACGUGCUCCAUUCCCAUACACUGACACUGCACACCAGAAAAAUUGCUGCGCACAGGUGUUUGUAAUGGAGAGUAACUUCUAGGACUGGCUAAUAGCUCAGGAAAUUGAAUUUUGAGCUCUGUGUGUACAAAGAGUGUGAGUUUAUUCCUGUUUCUGGAUUUAACCUCCAGGCAUCGAAAGCGUCUGCAGAGAGCAAAGAAUAGCAAACGAACACUUCCUCAUAAGCCUGUCUGUGCUGUGUGAUGUGCGGACUGACCCCCUCAAUGUGUGACAUUAUCUACUGAACUUUGCACCAUGACCAUUGCAAGACCAUGGAACCCUGCAGACCUCUCUAACAGCAUAUGCCAAGUUCUGUGCAGCCAUGUCAUUGCGGGAAAUGUAAUGCCACAAUCACGGCUUGAAGCAAAAGGCAAUAACCACUUUCUAGUAUUGCCUGCAAAGCAGGUUUAUAUGUUUUUGUAUGUAUGUAUUUUGAUUUCCAGAAUAUAAUGGAUAUUUAUUUUUAGAGCUUUAUAGACCCUUCACAGAUUGUGGAAGGCUACAGAGCGUUUGCACCUUCUCAACCCCUUUGCAGAGUGCUGCUACUAUGUAAAUAAAGACUUGAUUUGUGCCAAAA